UGGAGCACAACCACCACAACAUGGACUACACAGCAAGUAACGGGAUUUGAUUUAAAGUUUACACCCAUUAUAUUAAAUCGACCAGGAGCCAUCGGAUCUCUGCAGAUGUCUGUGUUUGACGACACGUCGCCUCAUUCAGAAGCUCUCUGCUGGUUUGUGCUGGGAAGUGUCAUUGUGUAGUGAGUGAGGGAAACCAUUGACACUUAUGUUGUGGCUGGGAACACUGGAGCAAUGUGAAGUCGCUUUACACGCGCGGGCACCUUGGUUAUUAUUUGGUAGAGCAACCUCACAGGGAGAAAUACAACUUCCUUCCUGCUGUUUCACCCAAUCGACAAUGCACGAGUCUGGCCGCAGGUUUCUGAGAAAAAAAGUAGUUGCAUGGGUGGUAGGUGCUCGUUUCCUGUUUCCUCCUCAAAGCAAAACCUGCCCAGCUUUAUUUGAUCUCCUUUACUCAAAGUGAAUUAAGUGCCAUGUUCAGCCAGUCUAUAUCUCAAAUCUCACACAAGAUAUGGCAUCUCCGAAGACUGUGCUGGAGUGGUGCCGCGUCACAUGCGCCAAUUACCCCAACGUGGAGAUAAAGAACAUGUCAACCUCCUUCAGGGAUGGACUUGCAUUCUGUGCCAUCAUCCACAAACACCGACCUGACCUGAUAGAUUUCAGCUCCUUGUCCAAAGAUAAUGUUUAUCAGAAUAACAAACUGGCAUUUGAUACAGCAGCGAGGGAGCUGGGCAUCCCCCCGCUGCUGGACCCAAAGGACAUGGUGUCCGCCAAGGUGCCUGAUUGCUUGAGCGUCAUCACCUACCUUUCCCAGUACUACUACUACUUCAACAGGAAGUCUUAUGGUGUACUAGCCGGUCUCGCCAGUUUGAAGUCAUCACAUGUCGCUUUUCUAAACAACCUCACAAAGACUAAAAGUCCGGAUAGUCUCAAACCCCUGAAGAGUCUGACUCAUCUGGAAACCAGUAGAGAAGAUCGUUUGUCCAACGCGAGGCCACGGACGGUGUGUAGUUUGUGUUUUAGGCCUGUUCACCUGAUCCAGAGACAUCUGAUUGACGGGAAGGUCUACCAUCGCAGCUGUUUCAGGUGCAAAGUAUGCUGCAGCACUCUGCUACCAGGCUCUUACACACAGGGAAGUGAUGCUGGCUCCUUGAUCUGCACUCACCACUUAACAGACAGUGAAAGUACCCGCGUUGACCUCAGUCAGCCAGUCAGAUCUGCUGAGAGUCGACCCAAACGUGAUUAUCAGUCAGGUUAUUUUUCUCUGGGUGGAUCGGCUAUUAGCAGCGUCCCUCAUUACACUAAGAAAACAGAGUCACAGGAUAGACUGGUUUGUAAAACAAUAGAGACCGAGGGGAAAGAGAGGCAGGAGAGGAUCAAAGAGGUGAAAGAGGAAGGAAACAGAGACUCACCUGUUGGACCGAAGAAGCCAGCGCGUCCUCGUCUUCCUGGAAAAGCUGGAUCGGCACCCAUUCCGACAGAUAGCGAGUCACAACAGGAAGGGGCAAAGACUCAAGAGACAUCUGAGCUCUCUUCACAGUGUGAACGAGCGACAGAAGGAAGGAGUCGGCCGGUUCCAGCGCCCAGGCGACUGUUGGACUCUUCUGUAGCCCCUGUUCCUACACCCAGGAACAAAACGGCCCAGCCCAUGUACAGCUCCCGCUCUGCAGGUUGGCCACCCAGCCAAGAUGGAUGUUCACCCGUCUCAUCUCGUGUCACCAGCCCGACCAGGGAUAGCCCCAGGGUGCAAACCAACCAUCCUUGGUUAUCCAUCGUCCAUCCUGGACCCUGGACACAACUGCCUCCAAUUGAAUCUCCUCUACUCAUUCCUCGAUACAAAUCUAUCCCUAAGCAGCGAAGCUCAUGCCCUCGACCCAGAGUUCGUCCUCCCAAUCCAUUUGCAGAGGUGGUGAAUGAGGAGGCUCUGGAGAAGAUCACUGAACCUGAACCUGAACCUGAACCUGCAGCUGUCAGUGAAGGGAUUGGGGACACAGUUGCUGUAGUUUGUGCUGGAUAUGCUGCCAUUGAAUGUACACCUGAAGAGACUGUUGGAGCUUCAAGUGAACCAGCGAAAGAAACUUGUGUUGUAUCAGAUUUGGAUAAAACUGAAAACAAAGCAGGUUCACUCCCAGAUGUGACAGACACAGCAGCAGCAGCAGCAGCAGGGCUGCAUGCCAAUUUAGAUACAGAGGAGGCAGCACGGCUGUGUGCCACUUCAGGUACAGAAGCAGCAGCAGGGCUGUGUGCCACUUUAGGUACAGAAGAAGCAGCAGGGCUGCAUGCCACUUUAGAUACAGAGGAGGCAGCACGGCUGUGUGCCACUUCAGGUACAGAGGAAGCAGCGGCAAUUCUGUGUGCCACUGUAUAUACAGAAGAGGCAGCAGGGCUGUGUGCCAUUUCAGAUAGAGAAGAAGCAGCAGCAGGGCCGUGUGCCACUUCAGGUACAGAGGAAGCAGCAGCAAUUCUGUGUGCCACUGUAGAUACAGAAGCAGCAGCAGCAGCAGCAGCAGCGGCAGGGCUGUGUGCCAUUUCAAAUACAGAAGAAGCAGCAGCAGGGCUGUGUGCCAUUUCAGAUAGAGAAGAAGCAGCAGCAGGGCCGUGUGCCACUUUAGGUACAGAAGAAGCAGCAGGGCUGCAUGCCACUUUAGAUACAGAGGAGGCAGCACGGCUGUGUGCCACUUCAGGUACAGAGGAAGCAGCGGCAAUUCUGUGUGCCACUGUAUAUACAGAAGAGGCAGCAGGGCUGUGUGCCAUUUCAGAUAGAGAAGAAGCAGCAGCAGGGCCGUGUGCCACUUCAGGUACAGAGGAAGCAGCAGCAAUUCUGUGUGCCACUGUAGAUACAGAAGCAGCAGCAGCAGCAGCAGCAGCGGCAGGGCUGUGUGCCAUUUCAAAUACAGAAGAAGCAGCAGCAGGGCUGUGUGCCAUUUCACAUACAGAGAGAGAGCCACAGAGCCACAUUUUACCCAGGAGUGUUUCUGUGCCUGCUAUCACAUCUGCUCCCUUGACGGAGGCAAAUGAAUAUGGUCAGUUCACUUCAUCUCUAAGUAAGCUGGCCUGCAGAGAGAAUCCCUUUGAUCGGAAACCUGCGAUGCUCAAAUCAAAGAGCUGUCAGGUCCUCCCAUCGACACGGGGCCCUGCCCCCGGACAUGGCUUUCCACUCAUCAAGAGGAAGGUGCAGACAGACCAGAAUGUGUCCACAGAAGACCUGCAGGUAGAGAUCAGAGAGCUGGAUAAACAUCUGGAGGCACUGGAACAAAGGGGAGUCGAAUUGGAGGGGAAUCUAAGAGACACCAAGAAUGGUAAAGAGGAGGAACAGAUGCUGAUGGAGUGGUUCUCUCUCAUCCAUGAGAAACAUGUUAUGAUGCGCAAAGAAACAGAGCUGGUUUACCUGAAAAAGCAGCAGCAGUUAGAGGAGAGACAGGCGGAUGUGGAGUAUGAGCUCAGAUGUCUCCUCAAUAAACCAGAGACUGACUGGAGUCAGGAGGAUCGAGUUCGGGAGCAGCAGCUGAUGAAUGAGCUGGUCGCCAUCAUCGAACAGAGGAACGAGAUCGUCAGCAGCUUGGAUCAGGACAGGCAGAGGGAAAGAGAAGAAGAUGAUCUUAUGGAGGCUAUGAUGAAAAACAAAGAGUUCCAGAAAGAGGGACUAAAAGAGCUAAAGAAGUCAAAAGGAAAGUUCAAGGCCACAAAAAUGUUUAAGCUGCUGAACCAGAGAGCAGAGAGCACCAAAGACUCUGUGGACCAGAAGAGCUGAAGCACUGUCAAGACUGCCGAAACACAUACUUUGAAAUGAUGAAGAUGAUAGAAGCAAAAAAGUGGAAUAUGAUCACAACAUGUAAUAGUUUAUAAAUGUUAUGUUGAAGAGCUGUAUAGACAAAAGGAAAUAUCAUUCUCAGUGCAAAUGUUUUAUUGUUUUCUCUUCCAUGUUUCUUUACUUUCCCUAUCUCCUACAUAUCAAUAUUUAUGCUUUUAUUUUAUUCCAUUAUAUACUUUUAUCAGUGAAAGUAUGCAAUAUUGUAUUUGGAAGUUUUUUGUCUUGUUUGUGUCAAAGAAUUGUAUAUUUAAUGAUUAAACAGGUCUCAU